AUGCUCUCCACAUUCAUAGCUGGUGCUAGCUACUCACUCAAAACACACCACCCCAACUUAUCCUAUUUCUCCUCUCUCUUUUCUAUCUUCAUAACGAUCAUUGGAAAGAAUAUGGAAACCUCCGCUAACUCCAUCUCGCGUCUCCUGGAUCACCCAAAUGGGCAGAUCACGCAUAUAAUCGUCGAUGACUACACUGACCCUUGGGUAGAGCCAGAGACAGUCCUCAUCCAAGGUGGCUUUGCACGGCAUUCCACCUUCUGGUACCAUUGGAUUCCGUCCCUCGCUCGCACAUAUCGAGUGAUUCGACGAGACACUAGAGGCCAUGGCAAAUCAUCCACUCCGAGGCCAAGCGACAAUUAUGCUUACACCCUUGAUACAAUCUUAUCUGAAAUCGCCGACACCCUUGAUCAACUCGGUCUUCAGAAGGUCCAUUUUAUUGGAGAGAGCACCUCUGGCAUGCUGGGGGAAGCAUUCGCCGUAAAAUUCCCAAAUCGAUUACACAGCCUAACCAUCUGUUCGAGCCCAGCCUACCUGCCGCCUGCAGCUCUGGAACUCUUUUCCUUCGGUCACUCUAGUUGGCCGGAGGCAUGUCGCAAACUCGGCUCCAGAGCGUGGGGAGAGCAUCUUGCCCGUGCCCCAGGCACACUGUCAUCGACAGAUCGCAAGUACGAAGCGUGGUGGGUCUCGACGAUCGCACGAAGUUCCAGCGAGGGCCUUGCAGGAUACGCCGAGUUUCUUUCAUCAUUGGACACACGGCCUCUUCUGUCGCAGAUUUCAGUGCCGACGUUAAUCCUUGCACCGGCGAAGAGCGCGGCUACUGGUCUGGAGGAGCAGCUUGAGAUUGCAAGACAGGUAAAAGGGGCCAAGCUAGUUAUUAUCCAUGGGGCUGGGCAUGAGAUUUACGCGGAUAAGGCUGAGGAUUGUUUGACUGCUUUUGAGGAGUUUCUGUUUGAUUUGGACUUCCGGGGCUCUACCGACAUUGCCUAG